GUGGUGUGCUUGUGUGUGUGUGUGAAUGAAGAAUGCAUGCACACACACACACAUGUACACACACAUGCACACACUGGCAUUUCAAAGAUAGGGAGAAACAACCUCAAGAGAACCUAGAGAGGCGGGAGCAAACACAACUGGCCAGCAUCUGGGACCCCAAGGCAGAACUGUAAUUCAGGUGGGACCUGCAAAACCAGACGGCUUUGCCGUUCUGGCAAGGUACUGACUGAAAAGGUGAAGUUAUUGGAGACAUUAGCAUGAAAUGUUUUGAUCAAUAACAAGGAUGAAAAUUGUAUUUCUGGGAGCAUCUAAGAAGUCAGGUAUGGGUGGCACAGACCUGUAAUCCCAGCUAUUUCAGAGACUGACACAAGAAGGUCACAAGUUUGAGGCCAGCCUGGGAUAGUUAGCGUUUUGAAAAUGAUCAUGAAAAGAGGUUUAGGAUGUAGCUCAGUUGGUAGAGAACCAGACUAGCAUGACUAAGGCCCCGAGUUUGAUCCCAACAAAACGUAAACAGACAUCAAUGGUGCAUGCCUGUCUGCCAUCAGCACUCAGAUAGUAGAGACAGGAUGGUCAGAGGUUCAAGGCUAUCCUCAGUUACACAGUGAGUUUGAGGUUAGCAAUCCUGUCUCCAAGCAAAGUAAAAAAGGGCCUGUGGAUGUGGUCCAGCAGUAGAGCAUUUGUCUAAUACACCCCAGACCCCAAGUUUAAUCCCAGCACCAUAAAACAAAUAGUAUCUAAGAAGAGAGCAUGCCACCUGCUCUCCUGAAAAGCAGGAAGGAGAGCAGUGGUUUGCUAGCAGCUUAAGCAUGGCAGAGAUUAUGAAAAGCAGCUUUGAAGCCACAAAAACUAUAGGUGUGUUUCUAGUCCACACAGACUAAAAGAGCAUCCGCUCGGAGGGAGACGGGACAGCACAGGAGGGAAUUCUCAGGGGAUAAACAGAGAGGGGGGGGUGAUCCCGUGGGGGCUCACAGACAGUUGCUCCCCCUGAACUGAUGCUGUGUGUGAACCUCCCGCUGACAACACCCCUUCCUCUUGUCAGCAAACCCCUCCGUUCCCUCGGAUCGGGAUCCGCCACUGCCGUCCAUGUCCUGCAGGAGCGCUGUCCCUCAGCCAUGGGAAGCAGCUCAUCCACCCAGCACCACUUUGCGUUUCAGAACGCUGAGAAAGCCUUCAAGGCAGCGGCCCUGAUCCAGAGAUGGUACCGGCGCUACAUGGCCCGCCUAGAGAUGAGGAGGCGAUGUACCUGGAACAUCUUCCAGUCUAUAGAGUAUGCUGGACAGCAAGACCAGGUCAAGCUCCAUGAAUUCUUCAGCUACCUUGUGGACCAUUUCACUCCCAGCAGCCACCAUGAGAGAGAUUUCCUGAACCGCAUGUUCACCGAAGAGAGAUUCGCCCAGGACGUGGAGACAGAGGAGGGUGGAGAUUUUGAAUCCAUAGAGGUGCCAGACAGCUACACGGGGCCACGCCUCUCCUUCCCCCUUCUUCCUGACCAUGCCACUGCCCUGGUGGAAGCUUUCAGGCUGCGACAACAGCUCCAUGCUCGAUACGUCUUGAAUCUUCUGUACGAGACCAGAAAACACCUGGCCCAGCUGCCCAACAUCAACCGAGUCUCCACCUGCUACAGCGAGGAGGUCACAGUGUGUGGAGAUCUACAUGGCCAGUUGGAUGAUUUAAUAUUUAUAUUUUAUAAGAACGGUCUACCAUCACCAGAGAGAGCAUACGUGUUCAAUGGUGACUUUGUGGAUCGAGGCAAGGACUCUGUAGAGGUCCUGAUGGUUCUCUUUGCCUUCAUGUUGGUAUACCCCAAGGAGUUCCAUCUUAACAGAGGAAACCAUGAGGACCAUCUAGUGAACCUACGAUAUGGCUUCACCAAGGAAGUGAUGCAUAAAUACAAGAUACAUGGGAAGAAAAUCCUAAGGACACUUCAGGAUGUCUUCUGCUGGCUUCCGUUGGCCACUCUGGUUGAUGAGAAAGUCCUUGUUCUUCAUGGUGGAGUCUCAGACAAGACAGACCUGGAACUUCUGGCUAAACUAGACAGGCACAAGAUUGUUUCUACCAUGAGGUGCAAAACAAGAAAGGAAAGUGAGAAUCGAGAGGAGCAGAAGAGAAAAGAUAACCAGACAAGCUCUGGACAGAAACCUACUCCGUGGUUUCUUCCUCAAAGCCGCUCUCUGCCCUCUUCGCCUUUUCACCUGGGCUCUGGCUUUAAGGCCUACAAAGCCGGCAGGUCCUGCAGCAUCCCCUGUGGCUCCCCUAACAGCAAGGAGCUAUCCCGGCGGGGGCAGGUGCGGCGCUCAGUGGACCUGGAACUGGAACAGUGCCGGCAGCAAGCCGGCUUCCUGGGGAUCAGAGAGAAGGGGGAGUCCUUGCCUUUGGCCCCAGAUGCUGACUGUGUUGCUGAUGGGGGAGGGGUGCUGGAACCCACCCCCGAGGAGUGGAAGCAGGUUGUAGAUAUUCUGUGGAGUGAUCCCGCGGCUCAGGAGGGCUGCAAGGCCAACGCUGUCCGAGGAGGAGGCUGUUACUUUGGGCCUGACGUGACAGAACGGUUGAUGGAAAAAUACAAGCUGCAACUCCUGAUCCGUUCGCAUGAGUGCAAACCCGAGGGCUAUGAGUUCUGUCACAACCGCAAGGUGUUAACCAUCUUUUCUGCCUCCAACUACUAUGAAGUUGGCAGCAACAGAGGAGCCUACGUCAAGCUGGGGCCAGCCCUGACUCCACAUAUCGUGCAGUAUCAAGCUAACAAGGCGACCCACAGGCUAACCAUGAGGCAAAGGAUCAGCAGGGUGGAGGAGUCGGCCCUCAGAGCCCUUCGACAGAAAUUAUUUGCUCAUUCGUCGGACCUGCUUGUUGAGUUUAGGAAGCGCGACCCGGAUGAGAGCGGUGUCAUCACCCUGAGUGAUUGGGCGACUGCCGUGGAGUCUGUGCUGCACCUGGGACUGCCCUGGCGGAUGCUGCGGCCACAACUGGUGAAUAGUUCAGCGGAUAACGUGUUGGAAUACAGGUCCUGGUUGGACAGUUUGGCCAAAGAACAGCUGAGCCGAGAGAAUAUUCAGUCGAGUUUGCUGGAAAAGCUCUAUCGAAACCGAUCCAACUUGGAGACCAUUUUUAGGAUCAUAGACAGCGAUCAUUCAGGAUUCAUCUCCCUGGAUGAGUUCAGGCAGACUUGGAAGCUCUUCAGCUCACAUAUGAGCAUCGACAUCACAGAUGACGGCAUCUGUGACCUCGCCAGAAGCAUCGACUUCAACAAGGAUGGCCACAUCGACAUCAAUGAGUUCCUGGAGGCCUUCCGCCUCGUGGAGCAGUCCUGCUUAGAGGGCCACGCCUCUGCUUGCCUGCAGUCCACAGACACUGCUGAGAGUGGCCAUAGCAGUCCAGGCCCAUGCUGAGGAUAGACUGGUCUAUUACUCAAAGUGCCUAAGGCGAUGCUGAGUUUAUGACUCCACAUGGACUUGGACUUUAUCCUGAAAAUUUGCCACCACAAAGCAUUCAAAUCAAGAGUUACCUGUUUGGACUGGAGAGAUGGUUCAGUGGUUAAGAGCACUGACUGCUCUUCCAGAGGUCCUGAGUUCAAUUCCCGGCAACCACAUUGUGGUUCAUAGUGGAUCUGUCAGCCUCUUCUGGUGUGUAUGAAGACAGCUACAGUGAAAUCAUAUACAUAAAAUAAAUAAU